AUGAAUGUUUUUAUUGUUAUCUUAAAUAACUCACAAUCAUUCUCAACUAUUCUUGAACUAUCAUUAAAUCAUUUUGAGAAAAAAAAAAAAAAAUUAAAAAACACCAGAACAAAACAAGUUUUUUUAAAAAAAAUUUAUGGGAAAAUAAAAACAUUUUUUUUUUUUUUUUUUUUUUUUACCAAAAAUUUUAUUUUUAGAAUUUAUUUUACCAUUUAUCUUUUAUUUUGA